AAUUUAUACAUCCAGUGUCUCUCAGUUCAGCGACGAUAGGCGCUUGAAAAUAAAAUUGCUACGUGUCGUCAUGCAAUUGUAUCACGAUCAACUGUGUAAAUUUCGAUGCGCAGAAGUGAUCUUUUUUCUCUCGAUCUGGCAGCACUGAUCUGUUAACGUCGAUUAUCACUAUACAUCGUUUUUACAACGUUGUCCGAUAUUUUAUACAGAACGUUUUUAAAUUUUGUAAUCUGUGUCGCGAUCUUGUAAAUAUACUCUGUCGGCAAUCAGAUUAGAUAGACAAUAUAUAGUCAUGACGGAAGAGUGGAGGCUAGAUCAUCGAGCAAGAAAGAGGAUCAAGGAAGUGAAAAAGAAGGCUCGACCAGAACUCGCGGAUAAAACAGCAUGGACUCAACAUGGCUAUAGUAAGAAUUUUCAAAAAUUUUGGGACUUUCAAGACAAUGCUGAACGAAUCGAUGAAUCCAAUAUGACUAUGGAAGAAUUUGUUGAAAAAUAUGAAAAACCUUACAAACCUGUGAUAAUACGAGGUGUUCAAAAUGGCUGGAGAGCCCAACAGAAAUGGACUAUAGAGAGAUUAGCAAAGAAAUAUCGGAAUCAAAAGUUUAAAUGUGGAGAGGAUAAUGAAGGAUAUAGUGUAAAAAUGAAGAUGAAAUACUACGUUCGAUACAUGUUUAAUAAUGAAGAUGAUUCUCCUUUAUACAUUUUCGAUAGUUCAUUUGGUGAGCAUCCAAGACGAAAAAAAUUGUUGGAAGAUUAUAUAAUUCCUAAAUACUUUCGAGAUGAUCUUUUUCAUCAUGCUGGAGAACAUCGAAGACCACCAUAUCGUUGGUUCGUUAUGGGACCUGCGAGAUCUGGUACAGGAAUACACAUAGAUCCAUUGGGUACUAGCGCAUGGAAUGCAUUAAUCUCUGGUCAUAAACGUUGGUGCCUGUUUCCUACACAUACUCCUCGUGAACUUUUGAAGGUAACCGCAACCGAAGGUGGUAAGCAAAGAGAUGAAGCUAUUACAUGGUUUUCUAUUGUCUAUCCACGCACAAAAUUACCUACUUGGCCCAAAGAUUGUCGCCCAAUAGAAAUUCUACAGACUCCUGGUGAGACUGUUUUCAUUCCUGGUGGAUGGUGGCAUAUCGUUUUGAAUCUUGAUGAAACGAUAGCUGUCACACAGAAUUUCUGCUCGCGUACCAAUUUUCCGGUAGUUUGGCAUAAAACGGUACGGGGAAGACCAAAAUUAUCACGAAAAUGGUUAAAAGUACUCAACGAUAAAGAACCCGAAUUGGCAAGUUUAGCAGAAACUAUAGAUGUAAAAGAGGACACCGGUGUGGCCAGUGAUUCCUCGAGCGGUUCUUCAAGUAGUUCUUCGAGUAGUACUAGUAGUAGUCAAUCUGACAGUGAGGAUGAUAGCGGUCAAGAAUCACUUACCGCACAUAAAAAGAAAAAAAGAAGAAAAUUGACUAAUCAACCCUGACAAUAUCCAGUAUUUGGAACCUACAGAGACCUCAGACUGUACAGUAUUAACCAACAAUUAUUGUUUGUACUAAGAAUAAAUACUAUAAUUAUUGUAAUUACGAUCAUAUCUUUAUGUUUAUAACAAAAUAAAUAUCAUAUAACAUAAUUUUUCUUUCUAUCAGAUAAUAUUUUAUCUAAGCUUUGCCCGUUUAGAUGUAGAUAUGAUAAUGCACGUAAUUCCUAUUCCGAUCAAAUUCUGCAUUGUGACUCAUCUUGUUAAUUAAACAAUAAAUGCAUAAUUGUUCCACA